AUGCCGGCUGACCGACGCUUUCCCUCCAGACGUUCUGUGCGCUUAUUCGAGCGCCCGCCUCCGAACUACAAGGAAUCCUCGCCGGAGGAGGAGGAUAAUGAGAACUCUGCUCAGCAGGACUCUGUUCCGGCGGCGUCACAGACGGAUACGACCAUUGUUACACCUCCGCCUGCGAGCAUGGCCCCUCCGCCUGCGAGCAUGGCCCCUCCGCCUGCGAGCAUGGCCCCUCCGCCUGCGAGCAUGGCCCCUCCGCCUGCGAGCAUGGCCCCUCCGCCUGCGAGCAUGACCCCUCCGCCUGCGAGCAUGGCCCCUCCGCCUGCGAGCAUGGCCCUUCCCCUUGCGAGCACGACCCGCUCUUCACCACCUGCCUCGGCAUCCACACCUGCAGACUUGAGCUCGAACGAGCACGAGGACGAAUUCGAAGCCGCCUUGGCUUGCUUCUUAAAGACUCAGUUCAGCGCUGACGUGGCCAGCAUCCGCGGCCGCUGCCUGCAUAUAUGCAACGUCGCAACGGCUGCCUGGAAGGCCCUCACGGUCGCGGAGCGGGAACAAUACUUCAACGCAGCCAAACGCAAGCAGACGAAGGACUCGCACGAACAAUCAUCUGUCGCGCAAGAUGACGGCCGAGUGGCGAGGUCGCCGACGCCCCCCAUGCUCAUGCCUGCCGAUUGGUCGGAUCCUCAGUCCCGUUCGAUCAUGGAGGAGGUGUAUGGUCUCGAAGAGGCGCAGAGGUUGGAGGGCAGUGUCAGCAUGCACGCGCCUCCGCAUCAGUCCAAGUCACUCCUCGGCGGCUCGCGAACGACGCGGUCGCGGUCGCUGUCUGACCUCCCCAACCCUCCCCCUGAGCCCACCGCCAUGACUACCACCUGGUCUGAUUCAGGGUAUCGGUUCCCGGAGAUGUCUAGCGACGAUGCCGAUUGGCUCUGGCCUGCCCACCUAUCCAACUCGCUCGUCGGCAGCGCGCGCACGGCAAAGACACGCUCGCUGCCUGACGUCUUCACGCAGGCGGCAGAGUCGAGCUCCAGCGCCACCGUGGGGAACGCCACGCUCUCGCUGUCAGAGCAGUCUUUCCCAGCUGCCAGCAACGACAACUUUGCGCAGGGGUCAAACUUGGGCUGGACCAUCACGGAGAACGACAUGAUAUACAAGCCCCCCACCCGCUCGAACUCGCACUCCCGCCGUCGCGGUGGCGACCACAUACCACGUCCUCCCAACGCUUUUAUGGUAUUCAGAUCAAAAUACUGGGAGGAGCAGAAGGCGAACCCCUCUGAGCGCAACCAUCGCCAAGUCAGUCGCGACGCCGGCCGCGCCUGGCGUGAGCUCCCGGACGAAAGUCGCGAUUACUAUCGGCAGCUCGCAGACCGCGUGAAGGCGGAUCAUAAGCGCAUGUACCCAGGCUACAAGUACAACCCUGAGCAUCGCAAGAAGGGCGACGCGGCAAAGCGCCACAAAUGA